AUCAAAAUACCUCUGAAGACUUAAAUUAUAAUGACAAGAAGAAUUAUAAAGAAGCUACGAAUAACAAAGAGAAUUAUAAAGAAGAUACAAAUAAUAAGAAGAAUUAUAAGGAAAAUAUAAAUAUCUACAAUAAUAAAAAAACUGUAAUCAGAAUAAAACAA